AUGGAUGAUUCUCCUUACAUCAAUCACAAUUCUGGCAUCUCUCUGCUCUCUCCUUACUAUUCAAUGAGGGAAUGUGGUGAAUGUACGGACCCAUCUGCUCAGGAUGCUCAAGACCUAAUCCGUAAACAUAAAAAGAUGCGAAUUACCCCGCUGACCGAUGACUACAAUCCAAAGGAUAAUUUGGGCGAUCAAUAUCUAUGCGAAUAUGAAGCAACUCUCGAAGUAAGCGAUUAG